AUGGCAAAGGUUCAUCCCCAAGCAAUAAUUCCCUCUACCUCCUGCUACCUCACUUCCAAUCAAGAAACUUUUACAAUAUGGAUGAAAUCUCUAGUACUCAGUGGCAAAGGUUGCACUGUCUUUGAUGCUAAUGGUCAAAUCGUGUAUCGUGUUGAUAACUACAACUGCAAGUGUAGUAAUGAAGUUUAUCUUAUGGAUAUCAAGGGCAAAGUCCUCUUUACCAUACUGAGAAAGAGAUUCAAGUUGUUCAGGUUUUGGGAGGGCUAUAGAUCCAGUGACAAAGAGACUGUUAUAAAAAAGCCUUGUUUUCAAGUUAGAAAAAGCUUGAGGAUUUCAAAAGGGGACUCACCAUGUGAGGUUAUUGUGGGGUUAGAUGAGAAUCAAUCACAUCAUUAUAAGAUUCAAACCUGGAAGAGCAAGUCAGUGUGCAAAAUAGUAGACCAAUCCGGUGGGCUUGUUGCAGAGUUAAAGAGAAAGAAAUCAACAUAUGGGGUGGAUUUAGGCAGCGAUGUUUUGACAAUGGUCGUGGAGCCUAAUAUUGAUCACUCUCUCAUAAUGGGUCUUUUUGUUGUGUAUUGUCUUAUUAACUGUAGAAUGUGA